CUCCAAGAAAAAACCAAAACCACUCUUCUUGAUUCUUUCACAACUCACCAGAUUUCGCGAAACUUCCUCCAACGAUUUCUCUCUCUCUCUAGAAUUACUGCUAAGGUUUUCGAUUUUGGUGUUCGAUCAGUGAUCUGAACGGCGAUGAUGAUGUCUACGAUGGGCCGCGGUGGCGCCAGGAUGGCUGUGGCUGCUCUGGCGUUGCGCAGUUUCUCUUCGGCGACUGGCGGAGGAGCAGGCGCCGUCGGUCGGCAGGCUGCCUUGGCCGGGAUCGCGAGUGGCGGGGUCCAGGCUCCGAUUGCGGUCGGGGUUUGGAUUAGAGGUAUGGCGACGACUACCGGCGGCGAUCGGACCUUCGCAACGGUGACGCUGGCGGAGCAGGAACAGCGGGAAGAGAAGAAGCAGCCGCAGAUGGCAUCCGGCGGCGGCGGCGGGGUGAACGGGGACGGAAACGAAGACAAGGAGAUUGUUAGUUACUGGGACAUACCGACUCGCAAGAUCCGAAAGGAGGAUGGAACAGAGUGGAAGUGGAAUUCCUUCAUGCCAUGGGAGACGUACAAAGCAGACACAUCGAUAGAUCUGAAGAAGCAUCACAAGCCAUCCACCAUGAUUGACAAAAUCGCCUACUGGACUGUCAAGUCUCUCCGCUGGCCAACCGAUUUGUUCUUCCAGAGGAGAUAUGGGUGUCGAGCAAUGAUGCUGGAAACGGUGGCGGCGGUGCCAGGGAUGGUAGGAGGGAUGCUGCUCCACUGCAAGUCACUAAGGAGGUUCGAGCACAGCGGCGGAUGGAUCCGAACCCUGCUCGAGGAGGCGGAGAACGAGCGGAUGCAUCUAAUGACGUUCAUGGAAGUGGCGCAGCCGAAAUGGUACGAGAGAGCCCUGGUGAUAACGGUGCAGGGCAUCUUCUUCAAUGCCUACUUCCUGGGAUACGUCAUCUCCCCCAAGUUUGCGCACAGGAUGGUGGGUUACUUGGAAGAGGAGGCCAUUCACUCCUACACGGAGUUCCUCAAGGAGCUGGACAAGGGCAACAUUGAGAACGUCCCUGCUCCGGCCAUCGCCAUUGACUACUGGCGGCUCCCGGCGGAUGCUACUCUGAAAGAUGUGGUGGAGGUGGUGAGAGCUGAUGAGGCUCAUCACAGGGAUGUCAAUCACCUUGCUUCGGACAUACACUACCAGGGGCAUGAGCUGAGGGAUACUCCGGCGCCGUUGGGGUAUCACUGAGUUGGGUUGGUUGGUUGGUUACUGCCGUGGAAUGGCGCAAUUAGAGAGUUGCAGAAGAUUUGAGUGAGAUGAUUAAUAUGGUUUACAAGUUGUUAAGUGUAAAUUGUGGUUUUUGUGGAUUCACUAUAUUCAUCUGUUCUUUGUCCUGCGUGUGAGCUCUACGUUUAAGGAUGUUGGCAUUUAGUUGAUUUCGUGGAUACAGUGCCUUAGCUGUGCUUGGCUUACCUUGUAAAUAUGAGUAAAAAUAAUCAUUUGUGGAGAAAUUGUUGAUGUUUACAUGGAGUGGUUAUACUAUUGGUUGGAUUAUUGUAGAACGGUUUAACAACAUUCGGUGGUGGGCAGGGAAUUUGGUGGUUGUAUUUCGUUUAAACAGAAGAUCAGAUGGUAUAAUUGGAACCGAUUGUGCUUUUUUCUUUCUUCAAUCGCAUCUAUGGCUGCUAGCGUAUUCACCUAAUAA